CAAAAUCAUCUGCUUCCAAUACGCCUUCCGGCGGUCUUGUGGUGGAGAAAGUAGUCGAAACCGGGCUCCGGCUGUGCAACGCGGGAAUUUUAAUGACAACUGCGAAGGAGAAGAAAGCGUUUACCUACGCGGGCCACGAGAACCAACGACGGUUUGGGAACAAGAAAAUUGACCACGACGAGACUAAAGUGCAAGCGAAACUGAACCAAUUUGGUGGAGCAGAUGACAGUGAUAACGACGUGGAUCAUAUGGAACAACGAGAUCAUCAUGGUCGUCGUGUUUCUGGUCGUUGUACUACGGGAGAAGAUGUUGAUCUGGAAGAAAGUUCCCUCGCCCUUCUCGGCGUCCGGUCUCCCGAAGAGGAAGAGUUGUUCCAAAGGCAGAAGCAACUCGGCCUCUCCUUGAUCAAGCCGCACGUCGACCUGAUCUGCGACGGUUUGCUGCAGUUGCUCAGCCAGCGCAAGGAGUACGGAAGCAGUGUACUACUAGUCUCCAGCGGGAACAACAAGAACUUUCACACCGCGGGUAGUACAACUCCGAACAACUACCGGAGUCAUGGUUAUUUCGACAGCACCAAGAUCGUCACGCCGGCCGAACUGCAGCUGAUUUUCCAGCUCACGGACCUUUUCCAGCUGGAAAACGUCGAAACGGCCAAGAAACUCUGCCUGCUGCUCGUCCAAGCGCUGUUUGAUUGCGGUCUAGCCAAAGACCACAAGAAUACCGUCGAAAUUCUAGACGCGCUGGAGAAACUGGUC